AUGGCGAAGCUCUGCACCCUGAGCAUCCUCCUGAGCCUCCUGGUCCCCGCUCACGCCACCAGGUCACCCGACUGCGGGGGCAUCCUCACCCCAGCAGGACUGAGCUACCUUGCUGAAGUUUCAAAGCCACACGCGGAGACAGUCCUCAGGCAGGACCUAAUGGCCCCGACAGUCCCAGACCUGUUUCUCGGCUCCCCAAACAGGAACCAAAUUAACUCCGUCAAAGUCACCGACCUGUCUCUGACGCUCAUCCCCGACACCGGGCUGCGGCUGAGCAUCGACGUGGACCUCGGCGUCACGCCCGCGCCCUCGACCACCAAGGUGAUGAGACUGUCCAUCCUGGCCGACCUCCACGUGGAAAUGAACCCCGAAGGGAACCUGGAGCCAGUGACCUCUGCCUGCAAACCCACUGUGGAGGAGAUACAGAGCACCGAGGAGGUGGAAAGCAAGUCCUCUAGUUCAGACGUGGACAAGGAGAUUAAUGUCGAUAAGGUUUGCCUGGAAGUCUCCAAAUUGCUGCUUUUGCCAAACGAACAGCUCCUCUCUCUGACAGCUCAGUUCCCCAUCACGCCGAGCUGCCAGGUCCAGUACCUGCCCCUGGCUGCACCCGUGUUCUCCGAGCAGGGAAUCACCAUAUCCUUGCAGACGACUUUCCAGGUAGCGGGGAUGGCGAUCCCCCUGCCAGUCAGCCCCGUGCCGUUCAGCGUGCCCGAGCUGGUGAGCUCCAGCCCUUCCCACCUCACCCUGGCUUUCUCUGAGCACUUCUACACCAGCCUCUUCUUCGCCCUGGAAAUAGCUGGAGCCUUCAAUAUGACCAUCCCAAGCCCGCUGACCACCGCCACCACGGCGCAGAAGAUUACUCAGAUGGGCUCCCUCUUCCAGGAGGACCUACCGGUGGUCCUGCAAGCCGUGUUCAGGAGCUCGCCUCGGGUGGUGCUGGAGGAAGGCAAGGCAGCCCUGAAGCUCUUCCUCACCGUCCACGUCGGCGGAUUGCCGGCUUUCCAGAGCUUCCUGAGUGUGAACGUGGAUAUGUCUGCAGGACUCCUCCUUAGCGUCGCCAACACAAGGAUGAUGAUCUCUGCAGCAGCGAUAGAGGAUAUUGAGCUCAGCCUGGCUGCCUCCGACGUGGGUCCGUGCCGGUAGGCUGCCUUACUGCAGGAGUUAUUUUUGCCCACAAUCCGUGAGGAGGUACCGGCUCAGAUGAACGCGGUCCUGAGCGAAGGCGUAUUCCUGCCCCACGUCUCCAGUUUUACCUACACUGACGUCAACGUCGUGAUUCACAAGGGCUACGUCUUGGUCCCCUGCAACCUCGAGCUACAGGCGAGGACAGGAGAGCAGACCACCGUGGGCUGA